GCCCGGGACGCCCAUCCUAUAUACGAGCCUUUACGUAACGAUGGCCGAGCCCGUAAGCUGAUGGCCGCGUUCGUCUGGUGGCUGGCGGCCUGCUGCCUGCUGCGCGCCGCCACCGCCGGCAACCCGGACGCGAAGCGCCUCUACGACGACCUGCUUUCCAACUACAACAAACUCGUCAGGCCGGUCGUCAACACCACAGACGUACUACGCGUCUGCAUAAAACUAAAACUUAGUCAGCUCAUCGAUGUUAAUCUGAAGAAUCAGAUAAUGACAACAAACCUGUGGGUAGAGCAAUCGUGGUACGACUACAAGUUGCGGUGGGAGCCGCGCGAGUAUGGCGGAGUCCACAUGCUUCACGUGCCCUCCGAUCACAUCUGGCGACCCGACAUCGUAUUAUAUAACAACGCCGACGGCAACUACGAGGUGACGCUGAUGACGAAGGCCACUGUCUACUACAACGGAAUGGUGGUGUGGCAGCCGCCCGCCGUCUAUAAGUCCUCCUGCUCGAUCGACGUCGAGUUCUUUCCUUACGACGUGCAAACCUGUGUGCUUAAGUUAGGCAGCUGGACGUAUGAUGGUUUCAAGGUGGACUUGAGGCACAUGGAUGAGCAAGCAGGCAGCAACGUCGUGUCUGUGGGAGUUGAUCUCUCAGAGUUUUAUAUGUCCGUUGAAUGGGACAUACUCGAGGUGCCAGCAGUAAGGAAUGAGAAAUUCUACACGUGUUGCGACGAACCUUACCUGGACAUCACGUUCAACAUAACAAUGCGGAGAAAAACUUUAUUUUAUACUGUGAACAUUAUUAUCCCGUGUAUGGGGAUUUCAUUUCUCACAGUGCUCACAUUUUAUUUACCUUCAGACAGCGGGGAAAAGGUGACGUUAUCGAUAUCCAUAUUGAUUAGUCUCCACGUGUUCUUCCUACUGGUAGUUGAAAUCAUCCCUCCGACAUCGCUUGUUGUGCCCCUAUUGGGGAAAUACCUCAUAUUUGCUAUGAUACUUGUCUCUAUCAGCAUAUGCGUAACGGUGGUGGUCUUAAAUGUCCACUUCCGCUCACCACAAACGCACCGCAUGGCGCCGUGGGUAAAAAGGGUUUUCAUACACAUACUGCCCAGACUUCUCUUCAUGAAACGACCACAGUAUAAGUUCGAUACAACAAGGUCUCGAUAUACUGCGUGUGGCGUCGUGGUCCGGUGCGGAGGCGCAGCUCGGCCGCUCUACCCUUACAGACUAGCGGCUGCCGACGACGACUGCUGUGCUCCGGGCGCUUGGCCGCCGCCCGCCGCGCCUCCGCCUCGUCCUCUCACGCGCACCCCCAGCAAGGAGGAUUUAACACAUACUACUUAUCUUAAUUCAGGUAUGGGUGAUAGCAACCGCUUCGGUGGUAGUUGUGUGGUGCACGGAUCGAGUGAGGGCGGGGCUGGGCUCGGACUGUCCGGUGCGGGCAUGGGCGGCCCGGGGCCCGCCGACGAAGACACUUUGAGCCCCGUACCGGACCCGCCACCUGGUUUCAGUCAUUCCGCCUGUCCUCCAGAAGUUCACAAGACUUGUUUCUGUGUCCGAUUUAUAGCAGAACACACAAGGAUGCUAGAGGAUUCUACUAAGGUAAAAGAAGAUUGGAAAUACGUGGCAAUGGUGCUGGACCGCCUGUUCCUUUGGAUAUUCACGUUGGCUGUCCUGGUGGGCACCGCUGGUAUUAUAUUGCAAGCACCGACGCUGUACGACGACCGCGUGCCUAUAGACAAACACUUCAAUCAGUACGCCACCUCGUCACUGGUGCGGUGUCCACCACCUGCGUAA